AUGUCAUUCACGAACGGCGGGAUACACGCUGUAUCUCGAGAUGAAUCUGUCUAUAAGUCUGCCUAUGACUAUCUUGUACCUCUGUUGAUUGUUGAGACAUUCGCCUUUGGAAUCUGGAUCAUUACCUUACGUCUGACGUUUGGCUUAAUAUAUAAUUCUAGGUUCUUCAAGCAGCGGCGUUCCAGUCCCAUAUUGCAACUAUCAGGCGCUAUCGGAUUCUAUAUGACAUUCGCGCUUCACUGGGGUCUUUCUCUCCAGGGGUUCCGCAAGAUAUUUCAUGGGAUCACCAGAGCCGUUACGGAGUCAUCAGAUGUAGUCACGGAUGCAUCAAUUCUGUUCGAUGCGAUGCUUCCUACUUACUUCCUUCCGUUCAUCACAGAAACAGCACUCUUUGGUGUUUCAACGACAUUGUUCGCAUUCAUGUGGUAUCUGAUCGUCCGUCGAUCUGGCUCGCCAUUCGGGAUAUCUAUCGUACACGGUAGUGCAUGCGUCAUGUACCUCGUGUCCGUUGCACACUGGGCCGUUGAUCUCGCAGCAUGCGUCAUGAUGUAUCACUGGACAAAGUCUGGUGAGCCUACGCUGAGUACUCCGGGACGCUAUAUGAGGUGGUAUAGAGAUGGAGAUCUCAUACUCAUUACAUUCAAUAUCGUACUCAGCGAUGCCAUUGUGCUCUGGAGAAUGUGGUUGAUUUGGGGAAAGGGAGCUAGGGUCCUGAUACUAGCAACUCUAUGCCUGUCGUUGACCGCCGGCCCCUCAAUAUCCAAUGCCGCUACCCUACUACACUCCAAUGAAGAUGAAGAUAGCGAGCUUCAUAAUUCUGCUGUUCUACCCACCUUCGGCUCAACCAGCGCAGGAAUGAUCACCUCUAUUUCAUCCACGGCAUCUAACUUCACCGCAACGAGCGCUAUUGCCUACAAGGCGUGGCAACAUCGCAAACUGCUUGCCGAUAGCCUUCGCUGUAAUUCUCGAAAAACGAUGGCGGAAAGAAUCAUGGUCAUCAUGGUGGAGUCUGGAGCGGUAUAUUUUGGCCUUUGGAUUCUAUGGAUAGUCACCGGCAUUCAUGGCGUAGCAGCAUUCGACAAGAACUGGUCAGCUGUCGACCACAUGAAUACCGCGAUGGCACAAGUGACUGUGACAUCCUGA